AUGUCUGAACACAAGACUGUACGUUGGAAGGGAUUACCAGCCUACAAGACAAAGCACAAGCCUCGGUUCAAGAAGCUGUGCCGGUUCAUCGUCCUGUUGUUUCGAACAUGGCGCAUACACUCGCACAAAGUGAAGGAGGUGUUGAACUUUUAUCAGACGUUGAAUCUUAUAGCGGACUCUUCAGUAAACAAGAACCUUCUGUUUGACAUCACAGAGUACAGGUCAACGAAAGAGGCGAAAACAUCCUCGGAGGUGAAGCGCAUAUUGCAGAAGCGGGUCGGGGAGAGGACGACUGACGAGCUGCACUUUGUGGAGAUCGCCCUCAGGAAGUACAAGUCUCUAGCAGAGUACCCGGUCCGCAUGCAGAGGGGCAUCGCCUGUAGGGCGUGGUUUCAGAGGUUCGACGCCAAGCGUGUGAUUAUACGGGAAGGUCACGUGCCGAUGAUGUUUUACUUCAUCCUGUCUGGUUCAGUGGUCGUUACGGUCAUGGACUUGGAGUCGAAUCAGGAACGGACUGUCCUGUUCCUUGGUCGGGGGGACAGUUUCGGGGACGACGCCAUCAUCAACAAAUGUCACCGGUGCGCCACCGUCAUCUCCAAGGAGGUCAUCGAGCUGCUGGUGCUCACUGAUGAGGACUUUGUAAAUAUCUUCAUGUCGGGCGGUCUGUCCAAUCUUACCGAGGUAUUCCUGAAGGGUAUAUCUUGCCUAGACGGAUGGCCGAAAGAACGUCUCCAUGACAGUCCCAAGAAAGCAAUCCUCAACUAUUUCAAGAGAGGAACUGUAAUCGUGAAGGACAGUAAAGACAGUGAAUGGAUCAUCAUUGUGAAGUCGGGAAGCUGCAACCUGCUAAAAAAGCUGCGGAAGGUGAACCCACGGAAAAGGAUCACAGCCACCAUCGAGGACUGGCGGGAGAAGAGGGUGACAGACCUGCGCAGUGAGGCCUAUCUCAGCCACGAGGAGAGGCUACAGAUCUCCUACCAGCAGCAAAUCCAACACCUGCAGCAGAUCAAUCAGCGCAUGCGCUUCAACGCACUUCCGGAGAUAAACGUUGCCUCCAGCGAAGAGUACAAGGAGAUGAAGAAACUAUACGCGAAUGAUCGUCUUGACGGCUUCGCUGACGAAGAGCUGACGUUCCUGACCACGGCUGACCAGGGUGUCGCGCAGCCGGACACGAGGAGCACCGCGUGGAAUUCAGCUGGAGCAGAGAAUAUAGCGCUUCCAGGGGCUCUCAAGAAGAAGACGUCCGUGGCUUCCAAAUCAAAACCUAACUCCAGAGCAGGUAAAAGGGACCGAGGUGACCAGAGAGCGCGGACAGCCCAGCCCCGCGUUCAGCGACAGUCUUCAGUCACUUUCCCCGAUGCACAUGACUUAAAGGGACGGGCCAGCUCAGCAGGGGACGCGUACGUGUUCAUCAACGUCCAGACGCUCACCAAGGGGUCUGUGUUUGGUAUUUCAGACCUCUUCUACAAGGACCAGCCUAACUUCGCCCUGACCAGCAAUGGCGUGGAGUGCCUGUUGAUCAACAAGAAGUUCUUCCUUGAAAAUGCUUCAAACGGGUUCAUGGUUAAGCUCAGGGACCAGACACUGCCUUACCCAAGCGAGGAAGAUUUACAGCGCCAUCUAGAGGAGCGCGUGAUCUGGGAUCACCACAAAAGGCAGACGGUAUCUCGUGUACUCCGCGAGAUUCACGCGAGAAGACCAGGGAGGUACUUCCAACAUGUGGACAAAAACGCUGGUUUUACCUACUAGAGUAAAUGAAUUUACACCAAGAUCAAUAAAAGUAUCUUGUACCUA